AUGGCAUCUCUUCCAAUGCCCCUUCACCUCCUCUUUCUCGCGUUCCUUCCUACUCCUGUCUUCGCGAGGGCCCAGUUUCAAGACUGGUUUGCCGAAUAUGGGUUUAUCUUCAAUCGCAUCAUCAGCGAAAAUUGCCCAUCUGAAUAUGAGUUCUAUAAGACCGGCCACACAAACAACACAUUAUGGAUGGAACACAUUCGCUGGCUUGGUUCUGAACGUGAGGUGCUCGAACAAUUGACCGUGCCAUUAAUCAACUGUAUGCUGGGCGCUUGUCCUGAGUUUAUCAAAAGUGAUAUGGCUGGUGCAAACGUGUUGCUAGGGUUGGCUCCAAGUAUACUGGCAGUACUUGGCUCUGACAUUGAUGAAACAUCCCUGCUUGCGGUAGUAGGGAACCGUCCGUUUCUGGCGCUGAUACUGGCAGCAGGAUCCCCUGCUGUGGUUCCCAUGCGACCGCUGGAGUAUCGCGAUCCACUUGAGGCUCUUAAGGCUCGCACUGAUGAAUUGCCGCUGAAGUUCUAUUCAUACCCCGUCGAAGUAGUAAUAUCCAUCGUUGAAUAUGGCCUCAGGUUUGCAGCUAUAGCAAACACCAUAGAAAUGACGCUUUCCCUUGGGUUUCAGACUAUAUUGUCAUUCGCACCAGGCUACCCUUACUUUGUCAUCACCUGGGCGUUGUUAGGGCUCUUUGCCCAUUCAUGUGCCGCACUUGGGCUGCGCUUGCGCACACGAAGAGCUGAUCCUAUCCCGAAUGGCAAACAUUGGUGGAGUUUUAUCACUCAUAUCGGCGAAGUGGUUGGCUUCCCGAGUCAUACAACUGCAGCUGGUGGUGAUGACCUCUACAACAAGCUGAAGCGGUUAUUCACAGGCUACUCAAAAGAGGACCCGCCACCGAAGUUUGUUGUGAAGCGAUUGACUAUAUGCACCUGGACAGUGAACUUAAUCUUGGCUGUGAUGACAUCUUGUCAUGUUAUCUUGGGUACGCUCAUAUUCUCCAGUAUGUUGUUCAUCUCAACACGUGAUGCAGUAUAUGUGCUUGGACGCUUUAUGUGCUCAGUCCUUGUUUGUCGGGCUUUGCUAAUGUACGAGUUGGCGAAGCUGAGGGUGCUGUAUAACCAACCUCUGGCAGUUGCAAGCGAAAUGGGAAGUUAUCAUCACCUUAUUACAAUUCAUUGA